AUGUGCCGGAAGGAUGUGGAUGUGCCGCCGCGAGUGGUGACAGCCAAGGCGACGAUGCCGUUCAACCGCUAUGAUGAUGUCCUGCCUGUGGCGUCGACGAUUGUGAGAAUCUAUGACGCGCCACCGGAGGCCAGCGGCGACCUGUCCGAGGUCGGCAAGCUGCUGUACAUCAAUGCGAACAGCAUCACGCUGGAUGGGACGCGGUACAUUGCGGCACAGGGCCCGCUGGCGCGGACGGUGCCCCACUUUUGGCGGAUGGUGUGGCAGCACCAAGUCGAGGCUGUGGUCAUGCUCGGCAUGUGCAAAGAGGGCUCGGUCGACAAGGUCCACAAGUACUGGCCUGCGCUCGGCUUUACGCUCGAUCUGCCUGCGGCCGGGCUAGCGGUCGACUGCGUGGGCGAAGAGUUUCACCGAUCGGAAAACUGGGUGGUGCGGACGUUUGAGGUGUACGCGCCUGGCUCGCGUGCGCUCCCGCGGGUGGUCAAGCACUUUCAGCUCACGGCGUGGCGCGACCACGGAACGCCCAAGCACAAGAAGCUCGCCGCAUUUAUGCGAGCGGUCAACAGUCACUGUCCGCGGCCGCUCGACGCGUCGCCGGGCCAUCCGCCCAUUCUCGUCCACUGCUCGGCCGGGGUGGGCCGGACCGGGGUCUUUCUGGUGGCGCGGACGCUGCUGCGGCGGCUUCAGGUGGCGACCGCCGUCGGCGGUGGCAUCUCCGCUGUGCCGGACAGCGAUGCCGAGCACCGGGCCGAGCUCGCAGUCCGGGCUGGUGUCUUUGAACUCCCUCCGCUGUUUGACGUCCGCACGCUGAUGUGGAGUCUGCGGAAGCAGCGGACCAAGAUGGUGCAAACGCCCGAGCAGUACGGCUUUCUGCACGAGUUCCUGCUUCGGGCCUCGAUUCCGUACAUCGGGUUUGACUUUUCGACCUUUGCCGAGCCUGAUGCCGGCGAGUCGGGCUAG